UAGUGACAGUUGAAUGGAAAUUAAAUAAUAAAGUGAUUUGACGAUAUGUACCAUGCUCGACGAAGGAGUGGGACAUGGUCUUUAAAAUGUAUUUUUAUUCUGUAUCAUGAAUAUUUUGCCGGUGACUUUUAAUUGUUCCCGAUUUCGCAGAAUGUACGUGAUUUGCUGCAAACCUCGUCAAAUGUAGUGCUGCAGUCACUAAAUAAUGUCGGGCAUAUGAAUUUCAUACUCCAUAUACUUCAGAAGACGCAUGUGAAUACAAAGCAUGUUAUUCUGCCAACUUCUUAAAUUUUUAAAAGCAAUAUUUAAAUUCUACCCCAGAUUUUGGGCCUCCCCCAUCAUUUCUUGGCUUUGUCCAUAUUCUUGAUCUAACAAGUUGGAACUUCCAUUUGAGGAUUGUGUGAGUAACCAUGGCAGAUUGCACUACACUAGACAGCCUGCUGGAAAUGGGGUUUUCCAGAAACAGAGCGCUGAUGGAACACGAGAAUGACCCAGACAUUGAUGAGCCGUAUGUACCUCCAGCAGGAAACGUUCUUGGCUCAGAAUUACCAGAUGAUGUAACAGAAGAUCCUAUGGAGAUCGCAGAAGGUUGUGAUGCAGAGGGAGAAGAUAAUGCAGUGGCUAAACGUCCUUUGACAGAGGAAGAAAAACAGCAGCAAAUCAAAAGGCUGGAGGAGUUAAUGGCACAGAAACAGCAUGAGCGUGAAGAGCGUGAAAAGAGAGAAGCCGUUGAAAGGGAGAAACAGCGUCGAAAGCAAGGUCAAGAGCUGUCGGUUGUUCGUCAGAAGAUGCAAGAAGAUGAGAUGAAGAAAAUAGUUGAGGAGAGACGCAGAGAAAAAAUGGAGGAGAAACUAGCCAAGCAAAGAGUCAGAGAAAAGAUUGAACGGGACAAGGCGGACCGAGCUAGAAAGUUUGGAAUGGGAGAAAGUGUACCUAGUUCCUCCCCUGUGGAAGCAACCUCAGUCCCACCUUCUGUAUGUCAGGAGCCUCUUGCCAAAAAGGAGUAUGAUGAGUGCAGGCUACAGAUCCGCCUGUUAGAUGGCAGCACAAUGACACAGACUUUCAAAGCGAAAGAGCAGCUAGCUGCUGUGCGACUCUAUGUGGAUCUGAACCGUAAAGACGGGGCAACACCCUUCAACUUCAUGACAUCCUUUCCUAGGAGAAUGUUUGCAGAAGAGGACAUGGAAAAGCCACUACAAGAAUUAGGUCUCGUCCCAUCAGCUGUGCUGAUUGUCAUAAAGAAGUAGAUGAAGCACUUUGACUUGCAUUAGUUCAUUCAAAAGAAGCAGUGCACUUAAAAGAUGUCCAAAGGAAAAGGAUUGCAUCUCAGGGGCUUUACAGCCAUGGACGCACAGACUGAAUAUUGUUUCAGUUUUACCAGUUUGUAACCAAUUGUUAUUGCAAAAGCCCAAACCAGAAACAUUGUACUAGAAUUGUUGGACUGAGUGCUUUCUCAAGCCUUGAUUAUCAUCUUAGAUGGUCUUGGACUUGCAGGCAGCUGUGAGAAUGUAUUCUGAUUUGUACCAUUUACAUUUGUUUUUGUUUUACAGGGUAGAGUACUUUUUCAGGUGCAGCCCAUGAGCAGCGUCUUAAUUAUACGAUUUGCUCAGAGUCACAGUCAGGCAAUGGAGGCUGAGGGAAUCAGACCAGCUAAUGCCGCCUAUAAAUCAAUAAUUGAGUUUACCUGUCACUGCCUAAGUUGAAGUGAAACUUUCCAUGAGUAACAUCUGUGUGAAGGCUUAUUGUGGCAGAAUGUUUAGCCUUCAGUAGGUUAGCAGACAGUUAUGGCAUGUGCAGGGUGAAGGCCACUACCAUUCUACCAGGUAUACCCUUUCAAAGUGUACUGUACUCAAGGUGUCCUGUGUUUUCCUCCUUUGCCCUGUUACACAGUACGAAUAACGUUUUAUCUCUAAAAUAUUCUCUUUUGUGUAUAUGCAUGUUAUCGCUAAUAAGUAAAGCAAAUGAGAAACGGAAACAGUAACAAAGACAGUGCCAUAUUCCAGUAGAGUCACUGAGUAGCAAAAAUAGUUUUCCAGGACUGGCAGAGAGUCACUGUGCAUUAUUUCUGUAGGGAUUGGAUGGAAUGUCUGACCAAGACAAGUAAAGCACAUGACACCUUUUUUCAGCAUUUAUUUAAAAUUUCCCAUAACAACACUGUGGUUGAAAUUCCAUAAGACUGAAGAAUAAAUAUUUUAUUUUGGUA